AUGAGCCGACAAGUGCUUCAAGUCUUUGAACAGUACCAAAAAGCUAGAACACACUUUGUGCAGACAGUGGCAGAACUGGCCUCAAGACCUCAAAACAUUGAAACUCUUCAAAAUGCUGGUGUCAUGUCCCUUCUACGACCACUGCUGUUGGAUAUAGUACCAACAAUUCAACAGACUGCAGCCCUGGCACUGGGAAGAUUGGCCAACUAUAACGAUGACUUGGCGGAAGCUGUUGUUCGAGGAGAUAUUUUACCGCAGCUGGUGUAUUCUCUAGCGGAACAAAAUAGAUUCUACAAAAAGGCAGCAGCCUUCGUUCUGCGUGCAGUGGCCAAACACUCUCCUCAGCUUGCUCAAUCUGUUGUUGACUGUGGUGCACUUGAUGCCCUUGUGAUUUGUCUGGAGGAGUUUGAUCCUGGUGUCAAAGAGUCAGCAGCAUGGGCUUUAGGUUACAUUGCACGACACAAUGGAGAACUAGCACAGGCUGUGGUUGAUGCUGGUGCUGUGCCACUCUUAGUCCUUUGCAUCCAGGAGCCUGAGAUUUCUUUGAAGCGGAUUUCUGCAUCAGCUCUGAGUGACAUUUGCAAGCAUUCACCAGAGCUAGCGCAAACAGUUGUUGAUGCUGGGGCUAUAGCACACUUAGCUCAGAUGAUCCUCAAUCCAGAUGCAAAUCUCAAGCGUCAAGUGUUUUCAGCUCUUAGCCAGAUAUCUAAGCACACAGUGGAUCUGGCUGAAAUGGUGGUCGAAGCAGAUAUUUUCCCUGCCGUAUUUACCUGCCUGAAAGAUUCUGAUGAGCAUGUGAAGAAAAAUGUUGCUACUCUCAUCAGAGAAAUUGCAAAGCAUACACCAGAGCUGUCGCAGCUUAUUGUAAAUGCUGGAGGUGUUGCAGCAGUUGUUGACUACAUUGGUGAGACUAAGGGAAAUAUCAGAUUGCCAGGGAUCAUGAUGCUUGGUUAUGUGGCAGCUCACACAGAGAAUCUUGCCAUGGCAGUUAUUGUAUCAAAGGUCUCUUAUUAUUUUCUGGGUUUUCAUCUCCUUAAGGAAGAAUGGCCGAUUCAAGCAGCUGCAGCUUGGGCUUUAGGACAGAUAGGCCGGCACACCCCAGAGCACGCAAAGGCAGUUGCAUCAGCAAACGUACUGCCUAAACUUCUUCAGUGCUACCUAAGAACAGAUGCAUCAGAGGACUUACAGGCAAAAAGCAAGAAAGCUUUAAAGAAUAUACUUCAGAAAUGUGUGCACCUGCCAGCCUUAGAACCACUUCUUCAUGAUGCUCCCCCAAACAUCCUGAAAUAUGUGGUUGGGCAGUUCAGCAAGGUUCUUCCUCAUGAUGCCAAAGGACGUAAACUUUUUGUUACCAGUGGAGGCCUUAAAAAGAUUCAAGAAAUCAAAGCAGAACCAGGCUCAGCCCUAGCGGAGUAUAUAAAUGCCAUUAACAGCUGCUACCCAGAAGAAAUUGUAAAAUAUUAUUCCCCUGGCUAUUCUGAUGCAUUGUUAGAGAGAGUGGAGCAGUACACCCCCAAAAUGUGA